AUGUCAGAACUUCCCAAAACAUUCAAGGCGGCCAUUAUCGAGUCCAAAAGCGCGCCCCUCAAAAUUGUCGACCAGGAACUGAAACAGCCAGGCCCCGGCCAUGUCCUCGUCAAGGUUCUAGCAUGCGGCGUAUGCCACUCCGACGUAGGUAUGGCAGAGGGUGGAUUCGGUGACGUAUUCCCACGGAUUCCGGGUCAUGAAAUCAUUGGGGAUGUGGUGGCAGUCGGCGAAGGCGUGAGUCGUUUUUCGAGCGGAGAUCGCGUUGGAGGUGCCUGGCACGGAGGGCACGAUGGGACAUGUCGACAGUGCCAAAAAGGCUUCUUCCAGGCCUGUGACAACGAGACGAUCAAUGGUGUGUUCCGGGAUGGUGGGUACGCCGAGUAUGUGCUGCUCCGUGCCGAGUCGGCGGUGCGGGUGCCAAAGGAUGUUGACCCGGCGGAAGCAGCACCGCUUCUCUGCGCCGGUGUCACCGUUUUCAACAGUAUACGCAAGAUGCAAAUUGAGCAAGGCAAUCUUGUCGCUAUCCAGGGUCUCGGCGGCCUGGGCCAUCUUGGCGUGCAGUACGCCAGCCGCAUGGGCUACAAGGUCGUAGUCUUGAGUUCCGGGUCUACGAAGAAGGAAUUUGCCAUGAAGUUGGGCGCGCAUGAGUACAUCGACUCUAGUGCAACGGACCCCGUUAAGGAGCUCAAGAAACUUGGCGGUGCGGCAUUGAUCCUCGCAACGGCGCCGAACCCCAAGAUCAUCUCGCCGCUCACCGGUGGCCUGCAACCCGGCGGUAAGUUGUGCGUGCUGGCACCAGUUGGAGGAUUGGAAGUCGACACGAUCGACCUCAUCAUUGGAGGCAAGUCGGUUUGUGGGUGGCCUGCCGGACAUCAGAUGGAUUCGGAAGAGGCCAUCGACUUUGCGGCGACACACGGCAUCAAGUGCAUGAUUGAGCGGUUCUCACUGGAUGACGCUAAGAAGGCAUCGGAACACAUGAUUGCGAACAAGACUGUAAUUGGCGAUGUUGCCGAAGAUGACAAUGCCACAUAG